AGGAAGGGGGUGGGAAAGAGGGGGUGGGAAAGAGAGCGGGGGAAAGAGAGAGAAGAGGCAGAAAGAGAGGAAGGGGGAAAGAAUGGGGAGAGAGCAGGGGAAAGAGAGAGGAGGGGGAGAAAGAGAGAGGAGGGGGAGAAAGAAUGGGGAGAGAGUUGCCGAUGA